AGUUUUGUGAGUUGUUUUGCUGGUGGUGAAGUUUUAGAUGCCGCCGUUUCAAGUUUUUUGCGGCACAUGUUAGGAUAGUGAAGGCUUGGCUGAAGUUAGGUUGUAACAAUUCAGACCAUGGAAGAGCUAAAAAGUGGAGACAAACCGGGAGAACCCACAUAUCAACUAAAUCAAGGAAACGACCCCCCACCCUGUGACUCAGAGUACGUCCGCAUGGUGAAGCUUGCAGCUGCUAUGGCAAUCCUCAGAACCAAACCAGCGGGCAUGACGGGACAGCAGUACACACAGUACCUACAGCUCAGGUACCAGGCUAACCAGGGAGACUGGAAGAAGCGAGCAGAGAGUCUGCAGAGCCGCUUGCUGCAGACCAGACAGGAACUCCUACAAGCCAAACUCCUGCAGCAGCAGCCUACACCUGCAGAAGCAGAUGAAGACAAGCCUGAACAGGUGUUCCCAACUCCCCCUUCCUCCUCAGAAGAACCCUCAUCUCCUCAGGUGUCCAGGGAAUACGUCAUACAGAGACACUCGAGGUUCCUUACCUGUGUGCUCAGACUUCAGACUCUGAGAAACUCCUUGGCAGGGAGGGCCGAUCUUGAAGAGACGGUGAAGGACAGCAUCGUCGACUCCUUAGACCUCCUCGGGUUGUCCCUGAAGGAAAAGGUUCCCGAUGUCUCCAUGGUAACCAAGAAGCACAUAGUUAAGACGAUCGUUGAGGUGCUGGGACGUGAAGAGCUGAAGAAGUUUGGUAUGGAGAUUGUCCAGGCUGUGAUGGAGUUGGUACAAACUAUCCUGAAGGGGGUGCUGAGAUGUGAGGACCUCAACAGGCAUCAGCAUCAGGAAGACCAAUGCAGACUUGUUGUGGACCUGUCACGAGCAGACUCCCUCCGUAAACCCAUCCUGGAGGCACUACUUCAACACAUCAAAGACUUUUCCGACACCUUAAGGACACUUAAGACUUUCUCCUUGGACCCUGUCCUCUAUGAGAAUGUGUACUACAUGCUUUGGACGUUUGAGCAAAUAUUAUACAACCUUAGAGAUGGUCGAAAACCAUCAAUUGACGAGACGCUGACAGAAGAGCUGAACAACACACUGGAGGAUUCAUUGCUGUUUAUAUCAGAGAAGUACCCACUUUUUGCACACUAUGUGUGGAGGUUGGGAGGUGUUUUACACUCACUUCAGACAUCCAAACAAUGCAAGCCAUAA